CAUUUUCUCUCCAAGAUGAACAUGCUCACGUCCGCCGCGCAGUCGGUGCUGUAUGCAUUCACGACGUGUGUGGAUGCCCGGUCUUCGCGUCGAUUGCGCGCUGAGUCCAUCGAGACGGAGGCACCCUUUCUCGAGAUGAAAGAGAAGUCAACAAAGUCCAACUUCGAUGCCCCCAGCACACUGGUCUUGUCCACGCCUGUGGAAAAGUACGUACGUAUGGUGCAAGCCGGGAUAACCAUGGACAAAGUGAAGCUCAAGAUGAGCAUGGAAGGUGUCGACCCCCAGCUUCUUGACUAUGCUGCACAGGCUGCUCCAAAUAAGUCAUUGUAUGACCCGCACCAGUCCCAGCAGCACCUUCCCGUCAUGUCGGUGUAGCCUGCAUGCAUUUCCCGAUUGUAAUGAAUUACGCCUUGGUUAUGGAUUAGUAUAUCAAUA